CACGCAUCCCAGAGAAGAGAGAGAGAGAGAGAGAGAGAGAGGGUAUAUUUAUAGCUCAGAGCGAGGCUGCACUAGAGAGAUAAGGCUCAAACUGACUGCAGAUAGAACAACAGACAGACAGAGAGAGCGAAGCGGAGAGAAACAAUGAACCGAUUCGUGUCGUUGGUGUUGCUGUGGACCCUGGUGGUCCUGUCCUCUACCGGGCCCGUUACGGGGGCUGAGGAAGGGGAGAUCUCGUUCGAGUAUCACCGGUAUGAGGAACUACGGAAGGCUCUCGUUUCGGUAUGGCUGCAGUGUCCAUCAAUCACGCGCAUCUACACGGUGGGGGAGAGCUUCGAGGGCCGCGAGCUGCUGGUCCUGGAGAUGUCAGACAACCCCGGGACGCACGAGGCUGGUGAGCCAGAGUUUAAGUACAUCGGAAACAUGCACGGCAACGAGGCGGUAGGACGGGAACUCAUCGUCUACCUGGCUCAGUACCUCUGUAACCAGUACCAACAGGGCAACGAGUCGAUCAUCGAUCUGAUCCACACCACACGUAUCCACCUGAUGCCCUCCAUGAACCCUGAUGGCUUUGAGAAGGCUGCCUCCCAGUCGGGGGAGCUGAAAGAUUGGUUCGUAGGUCGUAGUAACGCCCAGGGGGUUGACCUGAACAGGAACUUCCCUGACCUGGACCGCAUCGUCUACGGCAACGAGAAGGAGGGCGGAGCCAACAACCACCUGCUCAACAACAUGAAGAAGGCCGUGGACGAAAAUACCAAGCUGGCUCCAGAGACCAAGGCAGUGAUCAGGUGGAUAAUGGAGAUUCCAUUCGUCCUCUCAGCUAAUCUGCAUGGAGGAGAUGUGGUGGCCAACUACCCCUACGACGAGACACGCAGCGGUUCGACCCAUGAGUACAGCGCCAGUCCUGAUGACGUCAUCUUUAAGUCUCUGGCGAAGUCCUACUCCCAGUUUAAUCCUGUGAUGUCAGACCCCCAGCGGGCUCCGUGCAGGAAGAACGACGAUGAUACCAGCUUCACCGACGGCAUCACCAACGGAGGGGCCUGGUACAGCGUACCCGGAGGCAUGCAGGAUUUUAACUACCUGAGCAGUAACUGUUUUGAGAUAACUCUGGAGCUGAGCUGUGACAAGUUUCCUGCUGAAGACACACUGAAGACUUAUUGGGAGGAGAACCGCAACUCACUGGUCAACUACAUAGAACAGGUGCAUCGUGGUGUGAAGGGCUUUGUGCGUGACCUUCAGGGUGGAGCCAUCUUUAACGCCUCCAUCUCAGUGGAGGGCAUCGACCAUGACAUCACUACAGCUAAGGACGGAGACUACUGGCGUCUCCUGGCAGCAGGGAACUACAAGGUAUCUGCCUAUGCUCCAGGUUACUUGACUGUCAUCAAGAAGGUGGCUGUCCCCUACAGUCCUGCUAUUAGGGUGGACUUUGAGCUGGAGUCCUUGGUAGAGAGGAAGGAAGAGGAAAAGGAGGAGCUGAUGGACUGGUGGAAGAUGAUGUCAGAGACACUCAACUUCUGAACACUGAUUGGUCCAUAGGGCCACUGGCACGUCUGUGAUUGGUUGACAGGUUGAUUGACUUGUGCGUCUACAAAUGGGUGUACUAUAUUGUGUGUUGUCCCGCCCACUGUACAGGUCUUCUCUUAAUUGAAUUUUUCUGUCUUUAUUUACUUUUGUCUAAUGGUUGAUGUUGUUGUCAAGGGUUACCCCAUUCCAGGGGGCUCCAAGCUUUUCUAGCAUGCAAUCUACUCAUUAUUUAUCUGGCUUUCCAAUAGGCCCUCUUCUCCCCUGCAACUUUUCCUGGUCCUUAGUGAACAAGAGGAAGUAGGGCACUAUGUUGUCAACU